UUGUAUGAAAAAGUGUGAUCCAGACUCUCAGCGCAGGAGAUCGAUGUCACUGGAAACAGUCUGCGGGUUCUCCAUGGCGAGCAGAGGCAGCUUCACCAGCUCCGAGUUCUCCGAGGAGGAACUGGAUGGGAGUCUUCAAGGGUCAGAGGAGCUGGACAGCAGCGAUGGCAGCAGUUCCACAAGUUGUUACCCCAACAGAGCGUUAAGCAAGCCAGAGGAGAGACAGAGCAAGAAACGCAGCAGGCCGGUGCGCUCCAAAGCACGCAGAGUGGCGGCCAACGUGAGAGAGAGAAAACGUAUUAUGGAUUAUAACCAGGCUUUCAACGCGCUCCGAGUUGCUCUGCAUCACGACCUGAGUGGAAAGCGGCUGUCGAAGAUCGCCACACUCCAGAGGGCCAUCAAUCGCAUCUCUGCUUUGUCAGUCUUCCUCACUAACAACCCACCAGCAAGUGUGGGGAAGUCUUGCAGCCACCUUGAGUGUCACGGUCAGCUGGGCAGCUUGUGUCAGCAGCCAUCACCUCCUGUUCACUCUGAAUCCCAGAACUUCCUAUCCUGGCACCAGCCGCUCAAAUACCAUACACAAAAGCCAUUGCACAGACUGUCCUCAGAGCAACACGUUUUCACAAGCCCUGCUUGUCCACCCUCCCCUCACUAUCCGUGUUUCUCUCCCGAUGCCCAGCUUUACCCUCCUAGUGAUAUGGCAAGCUCAUCCAGGUAUGGACGGAUAGGUGAUGUUGGGUCAUAUCAGCCAGGAGUUUGGGGCUCUUGUGGUUCAAAUAAUGUAGACAGUUACGGGGAGCCCCUGCAGACACUCCCUCUGUCCUGGCACAUGGGGUACCUACAGGACGCUGGGCCGCAGCACUGCCACAACACACUGUGAUACACACUCAUGGACUCUUGAGACUGUCAAAGGCAAAACUGACAGCAAGAACUGGGAAAAUCACUGUCAACACCUGUAAACAGGUGCAUUUCUGUGGUUUAGUUACUAUUUGAAGAAUUGUACAUACUUUGAAUGUAAUUAUAAUUAGUGUUUAAUGCAUUAAUAGAAACUUACAUGUAAAGAGCAAAUUAAAUGUGAUUUGCAAACAUAUUGCGUUAGUAAACAAAGGACAGGAAAAGUUUGUUUAAAAAAAUCUCUUUGUGCAUCAAGAUAUUUGCAUUUUACCGUUGUAAUAAAAUAUGCAAAACAGUAACACACAGUCUUCUUCAUGCCAAAGUUAAGCAUUUAGAGAGUAUUUCUGUUUGCAUACGUAGCAAUUAAGUGCAUUAUGUGUUUGUGUGCAUGCAGAGACAAAGUGUCUGUUCCCUUCUACUCAUUUCCGAAAAGUUGAGCUUUGAUCUUGUAUGAACUGCUCAUUCUUUUCAAAACAGGAUGUAACACAUUCUGACGUAGCAAGGAUUAGCAGAAAUCCCAUUCAUGCUUGAGUCUUGAAGAGA